UAGAUUCUGCAAGAGAAAGGAAAUGACUUAUCGUAUUAUCACCAAAGGAAAUACCGGUUUUUUUUUCUCAUUCAUUCCCAUAGAUUGUGAAGCUGAUGCUUUGUCAAACAAGUCGGCAAGUUCUUAAAUUCUGCUGACCAGUCCUUCAACAGCAAGCUACCUGUGACCUUUAAGUGAUGAUUAUUUUCCUUGAUAUUUUGACCAAAGCAACAGAAAACUGAAAUUCUCUCUCUCUCACACACACACACAUAUCAUGGUUAUUUUGUAAUCAAACUGUAAGGAAUGUCUCGGAUAUUUUUUCAGCUUCUGACUUAUUAUCAAUCAUCAAACAUUGCUCAACAGGAAUUAGGUGAGUUACUUACCCUGACAUUGUAAGCUGACGGCUGAUGAUCCGCCCUCUACCCCCUUGACGAGGAAAAACUUGGCUGGAUACACAACAGCUCUCACUACUGGAAGUCUUCUUGAAAAGGCCAAAGAAAAAGCAGCCUAUGAGGCCAUGGAGGAGCCCGACACAGAAAUGGUGACGAAAUCCAAAAAGGUGGCGAGGCAGGAGCAAAAGCAAUAUUUUCAGGAGAGUUUGCAGCUAACGCAUCUCCUAUCUGAGCUAUCUGAGGAUGAGGAUGAGGAUGAGGAUGAGCUGCAUCACCUCCAGAAGACGAUGCAGCAGAAGCGACAAACUGCAUUGGAACCAGGAAGGAACCCAGUUUCUGAAGCUACUAACCCACUAGCUUUGCAGGCUGGGAAGGUACCUGCCUCGCAGAAGAGUAGUUCUGGAAGACCGGACUUAAAGGAGGGUCAUAGUGAUCCGUUUUACAUCUACCCUCCAGAGAACCUAAUAAUACAUCAUCCUCUAGCACGGGCCAGAUGGCAGAAAAAAGGAACAUUUUUAACGAAAAAAGAGACUGAGCCACACAUCAACAUGUACCCAACAGCUAAGGAUUUCACACUAGAAGAGAGCCAAGAAGCCUGGAUACAGUGGGUGAACGACGCCUUUCCUAAUCUUCAUGGCACCCAGUUCUGGCUUCCAGUCUGUGCACAGGACUUUGCUUCGUUGUAUUGUAACGAGGAACAGUCAACACUGGACACUUCCCACCAACAUGCUCCUUGGUACAACUCGGUCAAAAACGACUCAGCCUUACAGCAGGUGUUGCUCUGUCUGAAGGAAAGAUCAGAAGCAAAGGACGAGGUGAUGUUUGUACUCAGUCAGCUGUACUUUGGACAAAACCCCGGCGAACCUUGUUACUCAGCAGCAGCUGACUAUUUACCUCCACCCGACAGUGUCCCUCCUGCUCCACUAAGAAACUGGGAAGAAGGCGACUUUGACCUGCUCAUCAUUCACCAAACCUACGGUCUUGUCGUCUGCGAGGUGAAGGCCUUUGGCGAUAACUCAUCUAAGAGUGGCAUGUCACAACAAGAUGUAGACAGCAAGAUACGAAGUAAACUCAAAGAGGCCAUAUUACAGGUGGACAGGGCGGAGGCCGUGUUGUCACACCUGGUGUCAGACAUCGUCCCAGGCCUGCGCAUCACAAAGACAAUUGCUUUCCCGAACCUUACAGGUCAUCAGGUACAACAGGCACUUGCUGAGGAUCCGAUACUGACUGAGGCUCUGUGUCGGUGUCUCGGAGCAACAGAUGUUGCGGGCGUCACUGACCUUUGUCUCACCUCUGAUCAGCUUUCUGUCUCUGGUACCCCGGGUAUUGUCAACACUGACUUUGGUAAAUGGUGGCUGCGAUGUGUGGUUCGGUCUGGAUCUGCAACCGAAAUCAGUUUUGGGGAUUACCAGAGACUGUUGGCCAGAUUCUGCGGAUCGGCGGUAACAGUGACUGUUCCAUGCCUGUCACCCCCACGCCUGUCACUCAAAACCUUGGAGCAACCUUCAUCGUCCACGAGCCUGUGUCAUGCUGUUAUUACAUUGUUCCCUGAGCAAGUUCAUCUGCUGAACACAGCGACUCCCAGGGUCCUUUUGACUGGACCUCCUGGUACAGGUAAAAGUCUGGUGCUGCAGCUGAAGGCUACAGAAUGGCUGCGAUGUGGACGUGACGUCUUCAUGGUCAGCACCCAGAGACGGGGAGGUGCAGGAUGCUUGAUCACGUAUUGCUUGCUGCAACAGACCAUAAAAACACAACUGGCAAAGACUGUGAAAUCAGGCCACCUUUAUCUUCUAAAAUAUGACUUCUAUAAUGAUGGUGAUAUCGAGGAAGCUUUGACUGACUUGUCACUAGCGGCGAAGGGAAGACCGUUGUACGUCAUCGUAGAUGCACUAGUCUCGCCUUCUGUCAGGUGCAAAUGGCACAACAUCGAACGUUUCCUUGACAAGUUGUUGGCAACAGUUCCGGAUGUCCAUUGUUGGGCUACAGAUUAUGACCACAAUAACCUCGAGUUUGCACCGUCCGACUGGCAAGUGCAGCAUUUAACCAGACCCAUCCGAUUUACAAAGUCUGUGGAGAUGGAAUUUGCAGAGUUUCAUCCGGGUAUUUUCAAGCCAUACAGUCCACGUGGGCAGCACGACAGUACACCUGGCACACCAGUCCAGUGGUUCCUUCUCCCAAAACAUAAUCACAGAAGAUUUAUCGGCGGCUGUGUUACGUGCAGUAAGCUUGUGGUCAGGUUCCUACAGGGUCUGCUUGCUGGUGCUUCAGAAAACACCACCACGUCCAUGACAACUAUCAUAUCCACCAAAAGGGAUACUACAUCUCUGAGCCUGCGAUACAGAGACGUGCUAAUAGUGGAAGACAGAGACGACCAAGAGAUUGAUCUGGAGAAGGCACUGGAAAAUGCGGGUAUUCCAGUGCAGGACAUGAGACGUAUCACCGAGGACAUGGUGGCAUCCAAUAGAGACGAGGUGUGGAUGGUAUCCACAGAUGAUCUUCAAGGUCUUGAAAGAAAAGUAGUAGUCGUCGUUGGAGAGACACAACUUGACAGAUAUGUUGGUGCGUUCCACUGCACGUCACAACUGGUGUUCAUCUCCCACACAGAUCUACCUGAACCGUGGCCCAUUGUGGAAGGAAGGAGGAACAAUGAUACAGACUGGAAAUGUGCAGAAAGACAUUUUGUACCGGAGAAUAAGCCUGUGUCUCACAUAAACACUUACCAGACAGCAAAGGAAUUCAAAUUUGAAGAGAGCGGAGAUUUAUGGAUACAGUGGGUUAAAGAGUCUUUUCCUGAUCUCCUCCACCUCACUUAUUUCUGGCAUCCUGCACGUGCAGAUCUCGUGCACAACAUACAGGACUUUGCUUUGACCUCUCGGAGAAAAGAACAUUAUGCCUCCCGUACUUCUAAGCAAUGUCCUCCUUGGGACAACGACUCAGCCUUACAGCGGGUGCUGCUCUGUCUGAAGAAAAUAUCAAAUACAAUGGACGAGGUAAUGUUUGUACUGAGUCAGAUGUACUUUGGACAAAAGUCUGGCGAACCUUGUUACUCAGCAGCAGCUGACUAUUUACCUCCAUCCCACAGUGUCCCUCCUGCUCCACCAAGGAACUGGGAGGAAGGUGACUUUGACCUGCUCAUCAUUCACCGUCGUUACGGUCUUGUCGUCUGCGAGGUGAAGGCAUUUGGCGAUAACUCAUCUAAGAGUGGCAUGUCACAACAAGAUGUAGACAGCAAGAUACGAAGUAAACUCAAAGAGGCCAUAUUACAGGUGGACAGGGCGGAGGCCGUGUUGUCACACCUGGUGUCAGACAUCGUCCCAGGCCUACGCAUCACAAAGACAAUUGCUUUCCCGAACCUUACAGGUCAUCAGAUACAACAGGCACUUGCUGAGGAUCCGAUACUGACUGAGGAUCUGUGUCGGUGUCUGGAAGCAGCAGACCUCGUCAGUGUCAUUGGUCUUUGUCUCUGCUCUGAGCGGUUGUAUCUGUACGGUGCACGGCAGGAUGUUGUUACAAGACUUUCGGAAUGGUGGUUGCGAUGUGUGGUUAGGUUUGGAUCUGAGACCGAAAUGACUUUUGAGGAAUACGAGACGCUGGUGGCCAGGUUUUGCGGUCCCGCGGUAACGGUGACCAUUCCAUGCAUAUCACCUCCUCGCCUGUGCCUUAAAAUCUUGAAUCAACCUUCGCCCUCCACGACACAGUGUUUUUAUGCUGUUAUUACAUUGUUACCGGAGCAAGUUCACCUGCUGACCAUGACAUCUCCAAGGGUCAUGUUGGCUGGAGGGCCUGGUACAGGUAAAACCGUCGUGUUGCAGCUAAAGGCCACAGAAUGGCUGAGGUGUGGAAGCGAUGUCUUCUUGGUCUGCACCUCGGACAGCUGUGCAGCGUGCUACAGGAUGUACUACCUGCUGCAGCAGACUAUAGAGACACAACUGGCGCCCUCUGGGACAUCUGGACAGCUUCACCUUCUGGAGUAUAGGUUUAGAACAGAUAGUGAUGUCGAGAAUGCUGUGGAUGACCUAUCGCAAGCGGCGACUGGAGGAGUGCUGCACGUCAUCGCCGAUGAAAUGGACUCUUCAGUCAGGUCCAACCUCCAAACGUUCCAUGACAAGUUGCUGACACGAGUUCCACAUCUUCAUUUCUGGGCGGCAAGCUAUUAUCCCGAGUCUGUACAGUCGAGCUGGCAGGUUCAAUCUUUAACCAGACCCAUCCGCUUUCCGGAGACUGUGAAGAUGGAACUUGAACGUAUACGGACUGUCGCAGGCCAUGAUUCAAGGACGUACAGCCUUCGUGGGGAAUAUAAGAGUCCAUGUGGCCCAUCAGUCCAGCAAUUCCCCCUACCAAGACACACUGGCAGUCACAGGAGCACGCGACGUAUCAACCGUUGUGUUACGUGCGGUGAGCACGUGGCAAAGAUCCUAAUGCACGUUCUUGCUGGUGUUCCAGGUCAGGGAAAUAUUACCACAUCCACUGCUAUUGCUUCCACCAGAAGCGACACAACAUCUGUGCGCCUGCAGUACAGAGACGUGCUAGUACUGCCCAGUAUUCAUGUCAGGUACUUCAUGGACCUGGAGACAGGACUGAGAAAGGCGGGUAUCCCUGUCCGGUACAUGAGCAGGGAUAACCUCGAGGACAUCGUCACGGCGCGUGAAGACGAGGUAGUAGUUGCAGAUGAUGAAGAUGUUCGUGGUCUUGAAAGAAAAGUAGUUGUCGUCAUCGUUGAUGAGCUUGAAGAUGCAGGACGUCUUGCCAUAUCCCGGUGCACGUCGCAGCUGGUGUAUAUCAACUUCAGAGAUUCACAACAUCCGCUGAGCGUUCCCACACGAGAAACUCAACGUGACAGAUUACAUGAAGACAUUCCUGACCCUGACACUUUUGUCGAGAGUACGUCCACAGCAGGCAGCUUUUUUCAACGUAUUCGAAAUUGGUUUUACUAUGUUGGAGACACUUUUAAAUGGGCGUUUGGCGUAAAGUCUGAUGAAAAUUCUGAGGAUGAUAACGAUGUGGACAAAAGGAAAGUUACGGAAGAAAAUAAAAAAGGCGAGAGAAAAAAACUUGAAACCUGUUCUAAGAAAGGGAUUACCAAAACGGAAAUGGAAAGUAUCAUUCCUUUGGCCGCUGAUUCCGAGGGCUGUGUGUUUCAGUAUAAAAUCACAGUUGAUCUGAAAAAAACAAUAAGUCUGAAAACUCCACAUCAUGUCAGAAUGCCAAACCGUCUUCACGAUGAAUGCGACCAAGAGAAAGCUGCUGAGAAAAGCGAAGACACUACUUCGUCCCCCAUCUUUAGCUACUGUUGGCAAAAUAUUCUACGAAUCUCUACAGAAGGAGGCAGACUACGUAGUGAAGGAUCUGAUGUCGUUCUCACGGUCCCAUCUGGCGCUGUAGAGGUCAAUACAAAUGUCACAGUUCACACCUCUGUUUGUGUCAAUGACGUGUACAUCAAACACAAACUGAAGCUGGCCGCUACGGAAACCAUCGUCAGCCCCUUGGCUGAGUUCUGGGCAGGUUCCGACUUUCGCUUCAAGAAAUAUGUUCAGAUCACCUUGCCGACCUGUCUACCUUCUGACUAUGACGUAGAUCUUCUCCACGUUUACUGCAUAACAAAGGCAGGACAAGAAGGAAUAACUGUCAACAAAAGACAAAGACUGGAAGACAUGACACAGUCACCUGACAAAGAGGCAUUAGCAGCCUAUUUUUAUGUAAAUGAAGAAAGACAGGUAGAAGUGAUGACGUCACAUUUCAGUGGCUACGUGUGCACAUACUGUGGUCUGUGUCUCAACAUCGGCCUGGAGGUGUAUGCAUCUCCCACGUUUGACAAUGAGUCUCCGGAAGUGUCCGUCAUCACACGGUUCUGGGACAAGCUACAUAUUUCAAACUUUAGACAGUGGAAUCCACAGCUCCACUCAUUCAUAGUGGUCUUGAGUACAACUUUUCAACUAAAGAAAGUGUUAAAGCCAGCUGAACUGCAAGUGGACCUCAUUAUCGAUGAUGAGCAGAAGACUAUGUGGGAGUUUAAAACAACGCCUGCACCAGCAAACACAUUUUGUCUUAAUUGGGGCGAAAUAGCAUGUGUCAACUCCACAAAUCAUCCGGCGGUGAAAUACACAGACCUGGGCCCUUUCAGUCCUGGGUGGAAGCUGAAAAGUAAAGCAAGUGAAAAUGGAGUGAUGCCUUCCACUCUAGAAGCAUUCCUUCUUGUCUCGCACUUAAAAACGCAGGAGAGUAAAGAACCAUUGUGGUCUAGUGCACCAUGCCAGCUUGAUGUCCAGCCACUAAAUGGAAAGGAAAAAUGUGUUUCUAACGGUACCAGUGGAAACUGCCCAGUGAUCAACAUUAACAAUGUAAACGGUGAUGUAACUUUCGCUCAACAGCUCCUAACACAAAAAACUGAAAAUGUUCUUUACAUAAUGGAGAAUAACCAAUCAACAUCGCAAACAAUGUUAAAAAGAUUAGAACAGCCUGUUGAUGACACAUCGCAACUUCCAACUAAAGAACAGCAAAUUACAAAUGAGGAAACCUUUAGAUGUACAGUGACAAGACAACCACAGGAUGUUGAUGGAAAUCAUUGUGAGUGAUCUGCCUAUGAAUUCGGGCUAUUGACAAAUACUUACUGAAGUUACUUCUGUGUAUUUAAGUAAAA